AUGGACCCGAAGCAGCUGGUUGUAGACACCUCCCGCGACUACGCGAGCGAGCUUUGGAACGACGGCCAGAAGCAGGCACUGCGUACGAUCGGCGACACGAUCAUCGCACCGCUGACGCCGGAGGAGAAUGCCAAGUUCUGUGCCGAGCUCCCGGACUCGCUCGACGACCUGCAGCGCCGGCGUGCCGAGCUCUAUGCCACGACCAAGUUUUCCGACUACCCCGAUAUGGUGAACUGGGUCGCGAUGCACGUCAAGAUCGCGCUCACGCAGCAGAUGCAGUUCCGCAUCAGUGCGCUGCUCUACGUGCUGAGCACGCGUGCCGGCUGUCUCCCCCUCUUUGGCCGUCUCGGCCCCGUGUGGGAGAUUCCGCGCGAGGAGCGCGAAAAGGUGCUGAUGUCCUGGCAGACGUCGCGCCUCAAGUUGCUGCGCCAGGGAGGUGUCGGCCUCAACGGCCUCAUUAACAUUGCCUUUUACCGCGGCUGCGAGGCCGCCGAAGAGGCUAUGGGAUACCCCACGCUGGAAACGACGGACUGGAAGACCCCCCCGAGUUCCCAGCAAGAGGAGGUCGUCGAGGAGCACUACCCCUACCGCUUCCUCAACGAGAAGCUGCCCGCGACGCCGACCGACACCCCGCUUGAGCACGAGACCGACGUGCUGAUCAUCGGCUCGGGUGCCGGUGGUGGUGUGGUCGCGAGCUACCUCGCGCAGCGCGGCUUGCGCGUGAUGGUGAUCGACAAAGGCAUGUACGUUCCCCUGAACGAGAUGCAGCCGUCGGAGCGUUUCGGUAUGGAGCAGAUGCACGACCGCCUCGGCCUUGUGCCGACCGCCGACGGCUCGCUCUACAUCUUGGCUGGUGCCGGCUUUGGUGGCGGUACGACGAUCAACUGGUCGGCGACGCUCAAGCCCCGCUACUUCCUCCGCAACGCGUGGGCGACCAAGUUUGGCGUGCCGUACUUUGCGACGAACCACUUCACCGACGACCUCGAGGCGUGCAUUGACCGCAUGGGCGCAAGCGCCGACCAUAUCCAGCACAACCGUGCCAACUCGCUCCUGGCGCUCGGCGCGGCGCGCGGCGGCCAGCCGGUGAAUGCCGUGCCGCAGAACACGGGCGGCCACACGCACUACUGCGGCAAGUGCUACCUGGGCUGUACGUGCGGCCACAAGAUGGGCGGCGUGCAGACCUGGCUCAAGGACGCCGCGCAGAAUGGCGCCGAGUUUUACACGCACUGCAAUGUCGAGCGUAUUUUGAUGGACAACGGCCGCGCGACCGGCGCCUACGCCAAGGUCAACGGCCAGCGCGUGGUUAUCAGUGCGAAGAAGGCGGUCGUGGUGAGUUCGGGUAGCAUCCAGACCCCUGCGCUCCUCCUGCGCACGCCCGAGCUGCGUGCCAACAAGCAGAUCGGCCAGCACCUGCACCUGCACCCCGUCGCGUUCGUGCACGGCUACUACGACUUCCCGGUCGAGCCGUGGGAGGGCGGUAUGCUGACCACCGUCUCGAACGCUGCCGAGCUCGUCAACGCGCAGGGCUGGGGCGCCAAGGUCGAGGUCGUGGCGUCGCUUCCCUCGCUGUACAAUGCGCUCGCGCCGUUCAAGACGGCGCUCGAGCACAAGCGCCGUGCGAUGCGCUACCGCCACUCGUUUACGCUCCUGGUCCUGGUCCGCGACCGCGACGGUGGCAAGGUCACGAUCGACAACGAAGGCAACCCCGAGGUGCACUACGAGAUCAGCUCCUUUGACCAAAAGUCGAUGCUCGAGGGUGUCCUGCGUGCGACCGAGAUCCACAUGAAUGCGGGUGCGCGCGAGAUCGCCACGUCGCAGAACAAGCUGCGCUCGUUUGUAACGCCCGAGCCGGCGCCGGCGCCACCCACGACCUCGAACCUGAUCCGCGGCUCGUAUCCCUUUGACAAGAUGCCGCCCCAGGGCGAUAUUACGCACCCCGACUUUAUGCAGUGGCAGAGCGAGAUCCGCAAGUUUGGCUUUGCGCCGCUCCAGGCGAUGGUCGGCUCCGCGCACCAGAUGAGCUCGUGCCGCAUGGGCGCAGACCCCAAGACGAGCGCGCUGGACCCGCUCGGCCGCGUGCGCGGCGCGACGAACCUGUGGGUCGCCGACGGCUCGGCGCUCCCCGAGGCGUCCGGCGUGAACCCCAUGCUGACCAUCAUGGCCACGUCGCGCGGCAUUGCGCGCAACCUUGCACAGGAGCUCGGCGUGGAGCCCAAGUCGCCCCCGCCCCCGCUCCGCCUCCCGGCGCACUUGUAG